CCCCCCCAACUGGCCCUGUCUAUGGACUCGUUAGUCUCCCACCCAUCCAGAGUCCCAUCAGUGCGCGCCUCCGGUGUAUAGUGAGUACUGUUGACGUUAUUAACGGCCUAUCACCUCUGAACUUGUUGUUAAGGACCCACAAGACCAUCUCACUCGUGGCUACGUGGACGGAGGCUUACACAGGGAUGGCCAGCUCAACGCGUAUCCUCUGUGGUCUGGUUUUCAUCUUGGGGUUGCUCUCCUCUCCCGUGGAUUCAAAAAGGAACAGAGGCUCACAAGGCGCCAUUCCUCAUCCUGACAAAAACAACCCAAACGAAUCGGAGCAGCAACCGCAGCCACCGCAGGCGGGCUCUGGCUCCCGGCGGAGGCAGAACCCGCCUGCGCCGGCCGAGGAGGUGCUGGAGUCCAGCCAGGAGGCCUUACAUGUCACGGAGCGCCGCUAUUUGAAACGGGACUGGUGUAAGACGCAGCCCCUCAAGCAGACCAUCCACGAGGAGGGCUGCGUCAGCCGCACCAUCAUCAACCGCUUCUGCUACGGACAGUGCAACUCCUUCUACAUCCCCAGACAUGUGCGCAGAGAAGAGGGCGCUUUCCAGUCGUGUUCGUUUUGCAAGCCCAAACGAUUUACUACCAUGGUUUUAACUUUGAACUGCCCGGACCAGCAGCCGCCCACCAAGAAAAAACGCAUCCAGCGCGUCAAGCAGUGCCGCUGUAUAUCCAUUGACCUGGACUAAAGACAAUAAGCACACUCUAUAUGAUGAUGAUUCGUGUGUUUUCAUUAUUCCCAUCUUCAAACGACUGGAUUGUUUAGAGAGAGAGAGAGAGAGAGAGAGAGAGAGAGAGAGAGAGAGAGAGAGGUUGCCUUACAGCCAAGAAUGUACACCAUCCUUUAUUUGAGGAUAUGCUCCGCUUGUGAGGACAAUCGCCAACACAGAUAGGCUUGUUUAUAGGCCAGCCUGCAUGUACUUGUCAGUCUGCGAGCAAAUAUGGACAUACCAUUUAUAAACUGACUUUGAGCAAACAAGUAGUGCAUAUUUUAUAUCCUCAGUCAAUAGGCAACACUGCACGGGAAUCAUGGAAUGGGCACGUUUUACGCACGGUUUAUACACCUCAAUAAUUAGGACUGCAUUCACACAACAGGUUUAUUUAAGGCUAUAGCUUACUGUUCACGACAAAAAAACACAAAAAAACCCAAUGCCUCUUAUUACGACAGGGGAGAAUUCCUGUCUAAAUGUAUGUUUUUUUUGUUGCAGUUUUUAUGGGCUUAAUUGGUAGUUUCCACUAUGUGGAAUUUGAUGGAUGAGUGGCGAGGUUAGUCAGUGUGACGAGAUGUUUACUACAUUUCAAGAAUCCUUAAUUGAUUUCUGUGAAUUUCGAGGUCCAUCAGCAAGACAUUUUUCUUAGUUUGUCGCCUUCUCGAUUAUAGAGAUCGACCAAGGCUGCCGCAUUAGUUAAAAUGUAGGCUACAGCGUUGGCUUAUAUAGUACUGCCGAGAUUGAACAAAUGUAAAGCCACCAUACAUGUAACCGGUUUUGUUCUUUCUUCUUUUUUUCUGAGUCGAGCAAAAAAAAAAACAUAAAUAAAUAAACACAUACUGGCAUCAAUAAUGUAAGGCAACUUCUGAUCUGUCAGUUUUUUAGCCAAAAGCGGCAGCGAAGUGCACCACAUGAAUGGAUAAGAGUGCUUUAUAUAUAGGACAACACCAUUACUCACCCCAGCUCUCUUCCCAAGGGCGUUUAGGCCACACCGAGUCCCCGGGAUGAGAUGUAAAAUGUUGUCGUAAAAGUGCUCAAAUUUACGAGGAAAGACAGCGAGAAAUGUAAUUAUACCUGUCAGUCCUACCAACCUCUUCAGACGGUACGGGCUCAUCCGGUGUCGUCAUAUCUCUUUAAGGUGGAUCACGUCUCACGCGACGUCCGCCGUUGAGCGGGAAUUGUCCUUUAUUUAAAAGUUAAAAAACAAACCAAACCUAGCCCUCGUGAUCAUGUAUUUCCGUGCUAGCUGGUAGCUUUAGCAGACGAAUUUGUUUAAGCAACAUUUCUUUCAAAUAAUGGGACCGGAGUCUGUGUGACGGAACUUCUCUACACAUUCUCAUGGCAACUACUGGACUUGUUGCAUUUCAACUUAAUUUACCACCGAUUUGUUUAACAAUUUGCAGUCAAAAAUACAAAUAAAAACACACAACAUGCAAAACUGGAAGAUGUUUUUUAUUAUUAUUACUUAUUGAACAGCUGACUUAAAGGACUAAAAAAAAAAUCUUCCGUAUUCCAUACAAUUGACCAUUUCUAAUUCUGAAAUAAAUAUCAUAACAGUUUUUGCACUACAGCAUCGUUUUGCCUUUGAAAGAAGUCCAGAAGUCCAGAAGAGGAGCUGAGAUAACACAUCCACAGUGUCCUGAUGAGAAUUCCUCAGUACAGCCUUCAUCGUGCAGUCUUCUGAUGCUGCAUUUAAAAUACAAUUUGGUAAGAUUACAGAGCACCUGCAUGAGAGCUACAGAAGGCCAUAACGAGAAGCAACAUAAAGUUGAAAAAGUUAAAAACAAAUCUUUUUUGGUAAAACAUUCCAAGUAAAAUAAUGCAAAGGGAGGUUUGCGAAACUGCCUUUACACAAGAGGAAUGACGCGUGUGUGUGUGUGUGGGGGGGGAAACAAACAAAACAAAAAAAGUAAAACAGUGAUUUAAGAUUCAGUCUAACUACAUAUGGGGCACUCCAAUGAUGGAUCCUUUCUGAGGUAUACUGGCUCACAUGGCUUCACCUGAUAUGUUUUAACUUUGUAAAUAAAUUAACCGACGUCUCUCCGGGUCCAAAUAAAACCAAACAGUCUAUGUAAAUUACUUCAUCUCCAAAUGGGGGCCAAGCACGCUCUGAAUCAUGUUUAAUGAAUCCUGGCUUGCCAUACAAGUAACGUCCAACAGAGCUACCAGGUAGCUUCUCAAACCCAACUAAAUCACAACUUAUAUAAAAAUACAGCCUCUAAAAGAACAAAGCUGAUGAUAUUUGUUGGCAUAAGAGAAACCUUUCUUUAGUUAAUAAAUGGCAUAUUUCUAUUGAUACAGGGGCAUAAUCAUUUCACCCUCCAUUUCUUACAUCUUACAUAGUGAAAAUAAAAACAGAUUUUGUUAAAUACGUACACCUUAAAAAAAUAAAAC